AUGUCUACGCAACUAACAGAAAAGGAUAACGCUAACACAGAGCUCUAUCAUGUUCAGACUCCAAAGGAUUUCAUUGACUAUACUCCCGAGGAAGAACGCAGGGUGGUUCGAAAGAUAGAUUUGUAUGUUUUGCCUUUCAUGUGCUUGGUGUUUUUUUCUCAGUACUUGGAUAAAACAUCAUUGUCUUAUGCUGCUGUUUUUGGAGUUAAAACGGACUUGAAUCUGGACGGGAAUCAAUACAGCUGGUUAACAUCUGGCUUCUAUCUUGCGCAGUUAGUUUCUCAGUUCUUCUACAUGUAUCUUUUGAGUUUGCUCCCAAUUAAGAUUGUCACAGGAGUCUGUGUGGUUCUUUGGGCAGCGGUGUGCAUGUUGCAUGCUGCUCCUCACAACUUUGGGGGAUUUUUAGCUAUGAGAAUGCUUCUGGGCUUCUUCGAGGGCUGUGUGUCACCAUCGUUUGUCAUUGUCACCUCGAUGUACUACAAAAAAUCGGAACACGGUCUGAGAACAGCAAUAUGGAUCUCUUGCAAUGCUAUCACGCAAGUUCUCGCAACGUUUUUGUUUUAUGGAAUCGGAAAAGGCGAGAAACAUUUAAAUAUGGCGGUCUGGAGAGUUGGAUACCUAGUUUGUGGAGCAGUUACUAUUGUGGCUGGUCUUCUGUUUUGUGUCAUGGUUCCCCUGAAACCAUCAAAUGCUUGGUUUUUGAACGAGAGGGAGCGCCAAGUGGCUGUCCACCGUAUUCUUGCUGAAUCUGACAGAGGAGAAAAAAAUUCUUGGGAUUGGGGUCAGGCCAAAGAAUGUUUGACAGACUGGGGUACUUGGAGCUCUUUUCUGUUUGGCUUUUGCGUGACCGUUACGUCGGGUCCUAUUCUUUUUGCUAGUUUGAUGAUCAACAAUUUCGGAUACGACGAGUUCAAAACUAUGGAAUACUCAUCUCCUUCCGGGGCAGUUCAAUUUUUGGCUAUUUGGGUUGGAGUGGCAAUGCUAUGGAAGUAUCCUAAUCAGCGAUGCAUCAUUAUUAUGAUUCUUACUCUGGUUCCAAUCAUUGGAAAUAUCAUGCUAAUUUGCAUGCGCAAAGACAAUGGGUGGGGUCUGAUAGUCGGAGCUUGGCUUGGGGCCUGUAUCACGUCGUUCUAUUCCAUAUGUUUGAGUUUAAAUGCUUCGAACGUCCGUGGAAACACCAAGAAAUCCAUUGUCAACAACGCGUUCUACGUUGGCUACUCGCUUGCCGGUAUUGUCUAUCCGCAAUGGUGGAAUUACAGUAAAGACCCUACCUAUUUGACUGGUCUGAUUACCGACUUGGCAUUCUGGGCAUUAUUUGAGGUGCUCGUUUUUGCUUACAGAUGGAAAUGCAUAAAGGAAAAUAAAAGAAGAGACGAACUGUUCAAAACGGGCGCUUUGCCAGAAUACGAUCCUGAUUUGGACCUCACUGAUAAACAAGAUUUAUACCAUAGAUAUAGUUAUUAG